GAGAAUUUGAAUUGAUAAAAGAGUUUGGAGGCGACAUUGGAGGGAGAAUUGAGAUCACAUUUUGAGAAAGAAAAGCCUGAAUCUAGGGCUUUCUUCCGGUAGGAUUAGAUGAAUCAACCGUCCAAAAAGAAGAAUUUCCGGAAAAGAAAUUGUUGUGAUUCAGAAGAUGGAGGAGAUGAUGCAAACUCCGUCAGCACCAAAUUGGAGGAGGAGGAAGAAGAGCACAGGUUGGCAUUGGAGGAGGUAAAAUUCUUGCAGAAACAGAGGGAGAGGAGGGCAGGAAUUCCUGCAAUUCCUGCAGUAUCGACGCAGACUGGCACUGCCGGUGCUGUCGGCGGUCUUGUUCGGAAACCCACUGACGCUAACAGUAAUAUUGGUGGCGGCGGGGGCGGGGGCAAUAAGAAUGAAGGUGUUGGAGGCGAAGGCGACAAGGAUGAUUUGGUCCUUCAGGAUACAUUCGCUCAGGAAACUGCCGUCAUGGUUGAAGAUCCCAAUAUGUUGAAGUACAUUGAACAAGAACUGGCGAAGAAAAGAGGAAGAACUGUGGAGAAUGUAGAAGGAGCUGAGAAUGACUUGAAACAGGCAGAAGAUGAACUAUACAAAAUCCCAGAGCAUCUUAAAGUGAAAAGACGAAAUUCUAAUGAAAGUUCCACUCAGUGGACUACAGGGAUUGCAGAGGUUCAGCUUCCAAUUGAGUAUGUCCUUCCCCUCCUUUUUGAAAGAGUUUAAUUCACACGUCCCAACGAUGUUCACUUCUUAAUACUUUCUGUGAACUGGGGUAAUCAAAAGCAGGAACA